CUCACAACAAUCCAUGUAUUUAGCAGCAAGUUGUCUGGCUGCUCAAAGUUUUUGACAUAUUCAAAUCUUCCUACUAUAUCAGCUAUGUUCUACUUGCUGUGAUUCGACAUAAUCUUACUUUGAGUUCGCCAUCUGAUCUGGAUAUUUACAGAGUCUGAAUUACUGUUACUUACGUCUUUGUCAUGGAGAAAAAGGAUGGCAUUCCAGAACGUCUGGAAAGAAGCUCCAGAGAUACCCCGCGUGCCGGGGACUUGCCGGCGGGGCGCUUGGCGCCCGCUGAAGCUGCACGGGCCUGGCCACCAAACCCCUGUCAAACAGGCGCCAUCGAAGGUGCGGCUCAGCGGGUCUCUAGCGCAUCGAGACCCUUGCAGCGGCCCAUCAGUUCUUUUCUAGCGAGAACCGAUGAUGAAAGUCAACAAUUCGACAAUCCAGAUUUCGAACUCGUGAAGCGACAACGUCGCCUCGACAAGUCCAAGAUGAAUCUGCUACUUUCCGACGAUUACCUGCUUCAAGACUACCCAGAGAACAUUACCAACACCAUUCGAUCGGGUCACUCAACCUGUGUUCGCUUCAAUCGCAAGGGUGAUUACCUCGCGUCCGGCCGCGGCGAUGGAACCGUUGUCGUUUGGGACAUUGAGACCAUGGGCGUCGCCCGGAAGCUGCGAGGCCAUUCUAAGCAAAUACAAUCGCUAAGCUGGUCACGGUGCGGUCGAUACCUACUGUCGGCCUGUGCUGGUUGGAAGGCCAUUCUAUGGGAUCUCCAAGAUGGCAAGAAGUAUCGCGAAGUGCGUUUCCGAGCGCCAGUCUACGGGGCUGAGCUCCAUCCCUGGAACCAUCACCAGUUUGCUGCAGCCUUGUUCGAAGCCCAACCGGUCCUCGUCGAUGUCCAAGACCGAAAAGACGUUCAACACCCUCUCCCGACCGCUCCAGAGCACGACACCGUGAAGCAGACCACAACGGCGAUGAUAUAUACUGCGAAGGGAGCUCAUCUGCUAUCAGGCACCAGCAAAGGCCGACUGAAUAUUAUCGACACCACAACCCACCAGCUCAUCUACUCCGAGAAGAUCGCCGAAAGGAGUGCGGUUCUUCUGUUGAGACUGACCGAAUCUGGCAAAGACCUGCUUGUCAAUAGCAACGAUGGUAUCAUCCGAACGUUUCACCUGCCAGACCUCUCCGCCCCAGAUCUAGAUCCUGAUACAAUACAGUUGCCCCUUGAGCACAAGUUCCAGGACGUCGUCAACAAGCUUCGGUGGGGGCAUGUCACAUUCAGCGCUACGGGGGAGUAUGUAGCUGCCUCAGCUCAUAACAACCACGAGCUUUACAUCUGGGAGCGAGCACACGGCAGUUUGGUUCGUAUGCUUGAGGGGCCGAAGGAGGAGUCGACAUAUCUAGAAUGGCACCCUCAUAGGGCCUUGCUCGUAGCUUGUGGCGCGGAGACGGGCAGAAUUAACAUCUGGUCAGUCACAAGCCCACAGAAAUGGUCGGCUCUGGCGCCUGAUUUCGUCGAGGUCGAGGACAACGUUGAGUACAUCGAGAAGGAGGACGAGUUCGACAUCCAUCCCCACGAAGAGAUUCAGAAACGACGGUUGGAUCAGGAGGACGAGGAGAUCGAUGUGAUGGGACCGGUGGGGAACAAGACAGAGCUGGAACAGGAGGCUGACAAUUUCCGGGUGCCCAUCCUCUUUGACCUGGGCGAGUCGGACAGCGAAGAUGAGUUCAUCAACGUCGGAUUCGGGACACUGCGACGGAAGAGCCCGGGAGAGCAAGACGAUGGUGAGGGCACUGGUGGUGAAAAGGCGCCCCCGAAAAAGAGAGGGCGAGCUAAGAAGAAGUAGGGUGGCGGUCUAUUAAUAUUGAGUAGUAAUACGUAGUUGUAGUUAUGAUACCCCUGAAUUCACCAUAGACAUCCAUGAAGC